CACGCAGGCGCCCGCCUCCCGCCCGCCCCUUUUCUCCUCCUCCGGGACUCUCCGCUGGGAUCGAGCCGGCCGUGCCGCUGUUGUUGUUGUCGGUCGGUUGUGCCACAUCGAGGAUAUUUUGGCUCCCGCAGAGGCAGCGGCGCUUUCUUUUAUCCGUUUUCUGGGGAGAACUGCGUGUGCGCGGCGCCGCUGCGAAGCGGAGGACCAGAUGAGUGAAUUUGCAAUCAGAAACAUGGAUCAAGUAGCUCCUGUCUCCAGUAUGUACAGAGGAAUGCUCAAGCGGCAACCAGCGUUUGACACCUUUGAUAGCUCCAACUCCCUGUUUGCUGGCUAUUUCUUACCGCUAAAUGAAGAUCAAACACUCCAGGAAGUGCCGACGGGAUUUGAUUCUACUUCUUACGAGUCCAACAACUGUGAAUUGCCUCUGUUAACCCCGUGCAGUAAGGCUGUGAUGAGUCAAGCCCUGAAAGAUACUUUCAGUGGUUUCACAAAGGAACAGUGUCGGCUGGGUAUACCAAAUAAUCCCUGGCUGUGGACUGAACAGCAAGUUUGCCAGUGGCUUUCGUGGGCUACCAACGAAUUUAGCUUGGCAAAUGUGAACAUCCAUCAGUUUCUUAUGAGUGGCCAAGACCUCUGCAACUUGGGCAAGGAACGCUUCCUGGAACUUGCGCCUGACUAUGUGGGUGACAUUCUGUGGGAACACCUGGAGCAGAUGAUAAAAGACAGCCAAGAAAAAGCACAGGAUCAAUAUGUGGAGAGCUCUCAUCUCACCUCAGUUCCUCACUGGGUCAAUAAUAACUCCUUAACUGUUAAUGUGGAUCAGACCCCCUAUGGUAUGCAGAUGCCUGGGUACCCUAAAGCCCUCAGUUAUCCCAAACCCAAUCUCCUGAGUGAUAUCUGCCAGACUUCCACAGGACCAAAUCUCCUUAAUCCAGAACAAGACUUUCCAUUGUUCCCCAAAACCCAAGUGGAUGCAGUUAGUGUGAACUACUGUGCAGUAAAUCAAGAUUUCACAAGAAGUAAUCUGAACUUGCUGAUAGAUAAUUCUGGUAAACUUAGAGAACAUGAAUCUAGUGAAAGUGGUGCAGAAAGCUAUGAAAGCUCAGAUUCGAUGCUGCAGUCCUGGAACAGCCAGUCAUCACUAGUGGAUUUACAGCGUGUGCCAUCCUAUGAGAGUUUUGAAGAUGACUGUAGCCAGUCCUUGUGUAUGAGCAAACCUACAAUGUCUUUUAAAGACUAUAUUCAAGAUCGAAGCGAUCCUGUAGAGCAAGGGAAACCAGUUAUACCAGCAGCGAUUCUAGCUGGCUUUACUGGCAGUGGACCUAUACAGCUAUGGCAAUUCCUGCUGGAGUUACUGACUGACAAGUCCUGCCAGUCAUUUAUUAGUUGGACUGGAGACGGAUGGGAAUUUAAACUUGCUGACCCAGAUGAGGUGGCACGGAGGUGGGGAAGGAGGAAAAACAAGCCAAAAAUGAACUAUGAGAAACUCAGCCGAGGGCUGCGCUACUACUACGACAAGAACAUCAUCCACAAGACCUCGGGGAAGCGCUACGUUUAUCGCUUCGUGUGCGACCUGCAGAACUUGCUGGGAUACACGGCGGAGGAGCUGCAUGCGAUGCUGGGGGUGCAGCCCGACACUGAGGACUGAGCCCAACCGUCUGGUGCUGCACGAGCAGGGAGCGCUUGUUGGGACUGUGACCAGGAGCCGUCUGCAGUCAGUCCUUCUGGCUGUUCGGAUGGGUGCAACUGUGAUGAAAUAAGGACCUUGACUGAUUUUGUAACCAGGGAAAGUUGGAAGGAAGUGGCCUUAUUUCAUCAGUGGCUUCAGAUGUUGCUGUGUCAGGCACUUGAGCAGCAUGGAAGUCGAUACAGAUCACAGCUCUGUCACGACGACACAAAAAUGCUUUAGGGUUGAGCGUUUUGACCACCUAUUCUGCCAUAUAAAAUGUUUUGGCUACUUACACUGCCAUGUAAUGAUGGGUUGGCUUUAAAACCAAAGGUUGGAUGAGGAAACUGGUGAUGGAGCUGAACAAUUGCUCAGAUUCUUUUUUCACAUGCCAUCAUCCUUGCUUCCAUCUCCUAUCAUGCAAUUAUUUAAGAAAAACUAAUUUAUUUUGAAAGAGCGGUAAGAAGAAUUGAUAUUAAUGUUUUGUUCUCAAGCAUGGUUUUUUUUAACUAUUAUUAUUAUUACUCCAGAAAUGUGCUGCAUAGGUACAUCAACACUCUGUGUCCAAAACCAGAUGUAGCAACUGUCAAAAACAGAAAAAACCCUCAUGAGAAAGGAAGGAAAAUCAUACCAUUUCAAUAUUCAGUUUUGUAUAUAUUCUGUGAUUCUUUUUGCAACUACGUAAUGUUCCUAUUUAACAGAUCUGUAUAGUGUAAAUUAAACUAAUUGUAUGUGUGUUUGUUUUUUUUUUUAAAUAGGACGAAUGUAAAUCUAUUGAAUGGCUAUUUCAUGUUUGUCUAGGAUAUACAACCUUCUGCAAAUAUUUAAUUGGCCUCAGAGACAACAUAAGUACUGAGUAUGCAUGCAUAUGGUAUGCCAAUGCCAUGACACUGGGGGGUGGGUGCGGUGGGAAGCUGGCUCAGUGUUUUGUUAAGACUGAAGCUGGCAGUUCUUUGUGCAUUUUGGCAUUUUUACAUGAAACUAAUAUUAUAUUCUUGGACAUUAAGGGCCUAUUUGUGGUUUCUUCUUUAACUGAAAAUGAAAAUACUAAUAUGGAUAAAAUUAACUUUUUCCUUUACAAAUGGCAUAUGUUUUUCAACUUCUAUGCAUGUCCUUUUAAAAAAAAAAAAAAAAAAAAAAAAAAAAAAAAAUUAUAUACAAGCCUUAUUUUUUCAGUUGACUUGUCUCUUCUUCCUGCAGUUUAUCCUGUAUGAUUAAGAUAUGAAUUCUAUUUUUGGAAUAACUGUGACUCCUUUUCAGAGAACAGGAGGGAUUUAUGUAGCAGCUAUUUUUACUGCACAAAAAAAAAAAAAAAAAAAAAAAAAAACCACCAUAAAACAAUUCACUGGAAAAAUGUACUUUGUAAGAAAGCUUUAUUUUUUAUCUGAGCUUGGUGUACAUUUAAAUGUUGUAAAGUGUGAGAGGUUUAAAAAUGAGUCCUUAUUAAAACCUCUUGAACAAGGGA